GUCUUCCUUACUGCCAGCAACAGACCUGAGUCGGUCGUUUGAGGACUGCCGGGCAGGCGACUGCGCCAGAUUUUCACUAAGCAGCCCUGGCUGUUCUAGAUCUUGCUACAUAGACCAGGCUGACCUCAAACUCAGAGCUCUGCCUGCUUCUACCUUCCAAGUAUUGAGAUCAAAGCUCAGAUUCCAAAUGAAAAUGUUUGAGAGCCUUGAUUCUACAGCCACAAAAUCUGGCCGAGAUCUCUGGGCUGAAAUCUGUUCUUGUCUGCCAAGCCCUGCCCAAGAAGAUGUUGCCAACAAUGUCUUCUCGGACUCCUUUAUGGAUUCUCAUCCUGAAGGUGAGGGCCAUAGGGAGGCAACAGACUCUGCUGUCCAACCAGCUGUAAAGCCCUGGGCUCCCUUGCACGAUUCAGAGGUGUAUUUAGCAUCUCUAGAGAAGAAACUAAGGAGAAUCAAAGGUUUAAAUGAGGAAGUAACUUCCAAGGACAUGCUUCGAACCCUGGCCCAAGCCAAGAAGGAAUGUUGGGAUCGAUUCCUCCAGGAGAAGUUAUCGUCAGAGUUUUUUGUGGAUGGGCUUGAUUCCGAUGAGAGCACCUUGGAACAUUUCAAGAGGUGGCUCCAGCCAGAUAAAGUAGCUGUCAGUACAGAGGAAGUCCAGUUUCUCAUCCCUCCAGAGUCACAGGCUGAGAAGCCGGAGACUGGGGACAAGCCAGCAGCAGCAGAACAAUAAAUUACACACACAUACGCCAAGCAGCUGUCUGGGGUCCAGAGGGAACAGUGGAGAGUUUGGCAGCAGGGGCAGCAAGAAGAAAUCCAGGGAAGGAAAAAGCCCAAAUUUGCACUCUACAAAGCAAACAGCUGCUGGUCCCUGAGGACUUGCUUGGAGCUGGCAUGUGUGGCUGUCUUGGAUGAAGUGACUGACCCAGGGCUUGCUGGAUCAAAAUAUUGCUUUCCUCUGCCUCACAACUUGACUUGCUGAAGUUCAGAGAUCUGUAAGGACCUAGUGGAGAACAGGGUGUGAAAGUGUUCUCAGGACACUGAAGCCCUUGUGAGCCCAGUUAAGUGAGCCACAGUUUUCUGGCUUCUGGGUCUUCAUGUCUGUGUCCCAAGCAUUCCAUUGCUAAAUUGUUGGGGGUGAGUGGGGUCCAGAAGAAUGAAGUCAGCCUCCUUGAAGCCAAGCCUUCAUGGGACUUUCUCAUAUAUGCGUAGUAAAUAAAG